GGCGGGGCUGGGAGCGGACCCAGUGCGCAGCCUCAGUACCUGCAGGCACGCUAUAGGCAUUCCUGCCCUGGACUCUGUCGUUGUCGCAGUGUGGCGCUGUGUGUAGUGUUUCCUCCAGGAGGCAGAGAGUGUUACAAUAGCCAAGGAGAGUGACAGUACCUGAAACUUUUGGCUGUUAUACCAAAUCAGAGAAUCCAUCUCCUCCUCCAAAUGGCAGGUAAGAAAGUGCUCAUCGUCUACGCACACCAAGAACCCAAGUCCUUCAAUGGGUCCCUGAAGAAAGUGGCUGUUGAGGAACUGGGCAAACAGGGAUGCACAGUCACUGUGUCUGAUUUAUAUGCCAUGAACUUUGAGCCAAGGGCCACAAGGAACGAUAUCACUGGUGCUCUCUCUAACCCUGAAGUCUUCAGUUAUGGGUUAGAAACCUAUGAAGCCUACAAGAAGAAAGCUCUGACCAGUGACAUACUUGAAGAGCAGAGAAAGGUGAAAGAAGCUGAUCUAGUGAUAUUUCAGUUUCCACUAUACUGGUUCAGCGUUCCAGCAAUCCUAAAAGGUUGGAUGGAUAGGGUGCUGUGCCAAGGGUUUGCCUUCGAUAUUCCAGGCUUUUAUGACUCUGGUUUUCUCAAGGGUAAAUUAGCCCUCCUUUCCUUAACCACGGGAGGUACAGCAGAGAUGUACACAAAAGCUGGGGCCAAUGGAGAUUUCCGGUACUUCCUGUGGCCACUUCAGCAUGGAACAUUGCACUUCUGUGGAUUUAACGUCCUUGCCCCGCAGAUCAGUUUUGGUCUUGAUGUUUCAUCAGAAGAAGAGAGAAAAGUGAUGCUGGCAUCAUGGGCCCAGCGGCUGAAGAGCAUCUGGAAGGAAGAGCCCAUCCACUGCACACCCCCUUGGUACUUCCAAAAGUAACACUUUGUGCUCUGAGUACAGCUGACAAGCAACACAGUGAGACCUGAAGCAUGUGCAAAGAGCAGGUUGUGCUGUGUCCUGAGAUGUAUUUAACAGUGCCCACCAAUGAGUGUCUUCAGUGUCAUACAGCUAGAUCAGAUAUUUCAAAAAUCAUCUUAUUGCACUGUAUUAGUUCUGCCUGGUCAUUCACUCAUUUUUCAGUUCUUUAAUGUUUCCCUAAAAUUUCUCCUGCUACUUUCUAGCAAGCCUUUGUGGUAUAGUUUUUUGAACACAUUUCACUCAGUUUCCUGUGAGAAUUGUCAUCUUCAAAUGACUUCUAUCUGUAGUUUCUUUAUAUUCCUUUCCACUUUAUAUUCCUUUUCUCCUCUUCAAUAGCAUCAAACCCUUAUUCAUUUAUUAAAAUGUUUAGUGUAUGCAUGCAUACACAUGCCACUGUGUGUGUGUGUGUGUGUGUGUGUGUGUGUAAGUUGUGGUGAUUUGAAUGAGAUGGCCCCAUAGACUUAUAUGUUGACUAUUUAGUCUCCAGUUGGUAGAACUGUUUGAGAAAGAUUAGGAAGUGUGGCUGCAGUAUGUAAUGGAAGUAAUGGAUGCAGUAUCAUUAGUGGCAGGUUUUGUGGUUUCAAGACUAGAGUCAUCCCCAAAUGUGCCUCUUUGCCUCCUGCUUUUGUAUGAAGAUGUGAACUCUCAGCUGUCCCUACCUUUGUUCUGCCAUCAUGGACUCUAAUUCUCUAAAACCACAAGCCCAAUUAAAUGCUUUCUUUUAUUA